GCCUCCAGUCUCCUCCAGAUGAACGUCAGUGAGAGUCUCUCUCUCUUUCUCUCUCUCUCCCUCCCUCACGCGCUGAACGGAAAUCAGACUCCUCUGGCCGCACGUGCUUCACCGGAGUCACUCCGCACGCAGUAGCCGAGCGCGAGGAGCGUCUCUCUCUCUCUCUCUCUUUCUCUCUCUCUCUCUCUCUCUCAGAGAAGAGCAGCAGCAGCGUCCGGUCUUCACUUUCUCAGGCAUCCAUGGCGCUGUGUAACGGCGAUACCAAGCUGGAUAUCAGUGGCGAGCCUACAGACGGGUUGCAGGACUACGAUGGGGCCGUGGUGAUCCUGGACGCCGGGGCACAGUAUGGGAAAGUGAUUGACAGGCGAGUGAGAGAGCUGUUUGUGCAGUCGGAGAUCCUGCCGCUAGAGACGCCUGCCUUCGCCAUCAGAGAGCAGGGGUUCAGAGCCAUCAUUAUAUCUGGCGGUCCGAAUUCAGUCUACGCAGAAGAUGCACCCUGGUUCGACCCCGCCAUAUUCACCAUCGGCAAACCCGUACUGGGGAUCUGCUACGGCAUGCAGAUGAUGAAUAAAGUGUUCGGAGGCACGGUACACAGGAAAAGUGUAAGAGAAGAUGGCGUGUUCAGCAUCGGAAUAGACAACUCCUGCUCCCUUUUCAGGGGUCUACAGAAGGAGGAGAUGGUGCUCCUGACUCAUGGUGACAGUGUGGAUAAAGUAGCAGAUGGGUUCAAAGUCGUUGCUCAGUCUGGCAACAUUAUUGCAGGUAUCGCUAACGAGCAGAAGAAGCUCUACGGGACGCAGUUUCACCCGGAAGUAGAUCUGACUGAGCGGGGCAUGGACAUGCUGCGGAACUUCCUGUUUGAGAUCGCCGGCUGCACCAGCAACUUCACCGUGCAGAACCGGCAGAUGGGCUGCAUACGCGAGAUCCGUGAGAAAGUGGACAAGUCCAAAGUGCUGGUAUUGUUAAGCGGCGGUGUCGACUCCACAGUGUGUACAGCCUUGCUGAAUAAAGCUCUAAAUCAGGAUCAAGUGAUCGCCGUCCACAUUGACAACGGCUUCAUGAGGAAGAGGGAGAGCCAGAGCGUGGAGGAGGCACUCACCAAACUGGGCAUUAAACUCAAAGUUGUAAAUGCAGCGCACACGUUCUACAACGGCACCACGACGCUGCCCAUCUCCGAGGAGGAUCGCACACCCAGGAAACGCAUCAGCAAGACCCUCAACAUGACCACCAACCCUGAGGAGAAGAGAAAGAUCAUCGGCGACACCUUCGUCAAGGUGGCGAACGAGGUGAUCGGCGAGAUGAACCUGAAGCCGGAGGAUGUGUAUCUGGCGCAGGGCACGCUCAGACCCGACCUGAUCGAGAGCGCGUCUCACCUGGCCAGUGGCAAGGCUGAUGUCAUCAAAACUCACCACAAUGACACGGAGCUCAUCCGCAAACUCAGAGACGAGGGGAAAGUAAUCGAGCCACUGAAAGAUUUCCACAAAGAUGAGGUGCGAGCAUUGGGCCGAGAGCUGGGGCUCCCCGAGGAGAUCGUCUCCCGACAUCCUUUUCCUGGUCCCGGUUUGGCCAUCAGAGUCAUCUGCGCUGAUGAACCUUACGUCUGCAAAGACUUCGCUGAAACCAACAACAUCCUAAAAAUCAUCACAGACUUCUCUGCCAGUGUUAAGAAGCCACACACACUGCUGCAGAGAGUGAAGUCGUGCAUAUCGGAUGAGGAAGAGGAGAAGCUGAUGCAAAUCACCAGCCUUCAUUCACUAAAUGCCUUCCUGCUGCCGAUUAAAUCCGUCGGCGUCCAGGGUGACGCGCGAUCGUACAGUUACGUAUGUGGGGUGACCAGUAAAGAAGCUCCUCACUGGGAAUCGCUCAUGUUCCUGGCCAGACUCAUCCCUCGCAUCUGUCACACCAUCAACAGAGUUGUGUAUGUGUUCGGGUCGCACGUAAAGGAACCUCCCACAGACAUCACUCCCACCUUCCUGACCACAGGCGUACUGAGCACGCUCAGACAGGCCGACUUCGUGGCCCACUCCAUCCUCAGGGAGUCGGGCUACUCGAGUAAGAUCAGUCAGAUGCCUGUCAUCCUCGUGCCGCUGCAUUUCGACCGUGACCCUCUGCAGAAGCAGCCGUCCUGCAGGCGCUCCGUCGUCAUCAGAACCUUCAUCACCAGUGACUUCAUGACGGGCAUCGCUGCCACGCCGGAUAACCACAUCCCCGAGGAGGUGGUGCUGAAGAUGGUGAGUGAAAUUAAGAAGAUCCCGGGCAUCUCCAGAGUGAUGUACGACCUCACGUCCAAACCUCCGGGAACCACAGAGUGGGAGUAGAGAAGAGCGCUGAACUCUCAGGGCUCUCCUCCUCCUCCUCCUCCUCCUCCUCCUCCCUUUUUCUCUCUUUCCCUCUUUUUCUGGACUUCCUCCUCCCCUUCCUAUUCCUUCAUCCUUCCAUGGCAAUGUUUCCACACUCACCAACAAGCUCUCCACCCUCAGAGAACAGAUCAGAACACAACAUUCCCUACAACAGCAGCCAGUACUGUGAUUAACUCACACACACACACACACACACACACACACACACACACACACACACACACACACACACACACCCCCGAAGCCGCUACUUCAACACAGCCUCAUUUUCUGGGGCUUAUUAUUAUUAUUAUUAAUAUUAUUAAUAUUAUUAUUACGCUGGUUAUUCGUUUAUUAUUUCAGGAAUUAGUCGUCUGUUUCAUAUAUUUGGCAGUUAAGACUUUGAGGCUUGCAGAAAUAACUAGGGAUGCAUCGAUAAAAUUGAUAACAAAAUAAGUUAACUACUUAGUGUUAAGUAAUCAUGGCGUCAUGGAACGUUUUAUUUAGCUGUGUUUGUUUGUUUGUUUGUUGAUGUCGUGUGCUGCUACCAAUGAACUCUUCUUGCUGAGUUUCGCGUUGUAAGACGUGAUGCCGUUUAAACCGUAUCUUUAAUAAAGAGCACUCUGUGUUGAAGAUACUGUUAUUAAAAUGUUUUAGCAGGUUACUUGUAUUGUAGGAAGAUGCUGAUACUAGUAACGGUAUUGAUGCAUCCCUAGAAAUCACACACACACACACACACACACACACUCUUCUCAUACGAGUUUCUCAUCACUGCUACUUUCUGCUUUCAUUCUCCACAUCAGCUUUAUUCACCUCAGAACUUUCUGCAUUACUAACUCAUGUGACCAAUUAUCUUUAUUUGCCAAAUAGAGCUGGUUUGACCGUAAGGGCACUGGAAGAACUGCCACUUUUUUUCUUUUCUUUUCUUUUCUUUUCUUUUUUUUUUGAGAUCUGCGAAACGUGCUGUGAAGGAGCUUUUCCUGGUGCGGUUGAGCUUCCUAGACUUUGUGCCUGGUUCUUUUGUCCUUUCUCGUUUUCUCGUCUUGUGUGUAUUUUUUUUCCUUUUCCUUCAGGGAUGUGAACAACAGAACUAACACAUGCUGCAUUUUUUUUCUUUUGCGUUGACUUGAGAAAGUAUAUUCGUGUCUGCUUCUGUGAGUGUGUGAGAAGGGGGGAGCAUCGUUUGCACAUUUAACCAUAUCUAGGUUUUUUUUUUUUUUUUUUUUUUUUUCCUUUUUCUUUUUUUUUAUUUUAAUAACCCAUAAGGCCUUGGUGCUUUGCUUCCUGUGUAGCGUCUCCUGAGGCUGGAUGUAGGAAGCUGUAGCUGAGGGAUGGGGAAAGGGGCUUAGCUGUGAUCACAUGACCCAUUAACGCGUUUCGAGAUUUUCAAGUUGUUUUUUUUUUUUUUUUUUUUUUGUGUAAAUCUAUAGAAAGUGGGAGGGGCUACAGCUUAGUUCUGUUAACUAUACACAGAGGUUUGUUUGGGGCGAAACCAGAAAUCUAUGCCUGAUGUAGAUAAGAAGUGUCGUAAUGAUGAAUAACAUGCCUAGCUAUUUAUUGUCUUUGUAUGUCUCAUUACACGAUCCUUGAUUCAAUAGCAAGAAAAAAAAAAUCAAUGCAAGGGUGGACUGGUUCCUUGUCUUAACUGCAAACUUUUUUCUUAUCCUCUCUCUCACUCUCUCUGUCUCACUCUCUCUCCCUCUCUGUCUCUCGCCUUUUUACGUGUACAUUUUACAUUCGUCUACUCAGAAGAAAAUACUAUUAAUAUGAAUUGAAAUUCAGUAGUGGGUUCAGCUGCAAUCUGACAUGGUGUUCAGUUUGAUUUAUGCAAUUCUGUUUGAGUCCAAUUUUUUUUUUGUAUAAAAAUGAACAAAAAGCUCUUUUUUUUUUUUUCUUUAGUAUUGUGCCUCAAAACCAAGCCACUGCAUGCAGUUUCCUGAAGAACUGACAUUUGUAUAAUGAGAUCUGAGCUUUAAUAAAGAAGUCCAUGUACAA